UGCCUGGAUUUUUGGAGGUUGCUUUACACACUUCUGAAACAAAUCCACGGAGGCAAGUGGACAGAGUCUGAUGCCAUAGAUAACCAAAUUAAGUUUGUAAAAUCAGCACUGUGGUACCAUGGCUAUGGCAGGCCAGAACUCUAUCAGCUCCCUGCCGACGGCUCAGCGGGUAGUCGGGAGCUGCUGCUGGCGUUUUCCUGGCUGCUGCACAGACUUGGCCUCCUGGAGCAGCUUUUGGCUCGGAACAGAGUAAAGACUGGGGAUGAAACCUCUGUGUGCACGUGUGAAGAUGAUCUGCUUAACAGACAGAAAGGUACAAGUGAAACAGCACCAGAAUGUGGGAUGGAAGACAGAGUGGAUGUUCGAUACCUUCAGUGGUUAAGUGGGAGGCUGAGGUUCCAGUGGCGCAGUUUGCAUGCUCAGCACCAAGAGCAAUGCAAACUUUUGCACAAGAUCCAUUUAUUCACUAGUGGCUCCCACGUGAACCAGGUCCUUGGACAUUUUUCUGUCACAGAAACCGAUCUCAUUAGACAACCGGAGAACUACACACAGCUGUUGCAGCUUCUGGAGUCUGAAACGAUGCAACUAGAAGCCUUUCUGGAGUGGAAGCAACUGGAACCAGUUUACUGGCAGUGGAUGGAGACUGUGUUGGAUGAUACGGCUGAGGAGGGAAAUAUGUGCAAGUCCCAGGACACUCACGUAGAGAGAAGAAGGCUGCCAAAGGCAACCUCCUGCUGCCCCUGGGCUGACAGUCUGACUGGGCAAAUUGACAGAUUAUCCAGAGAUCUGACGUCUCUCCAAGAUCAGCUACAUAAGCUUGUAAGCGAGCGAAGGGCUGCGUGGGGUGAGAAGGUGAAAGCAAGAGAGGAAGAACUACAGAAGGAGGAGUUCUCUGCCACUGCUAAAAAGAUACAGGAGAGUGUUGAACUCAAACUGCUAGAUCUUACAUACCUUUGUGCUCCAAAGAAGAAUAAACUGCACGGUUCAUGCAGGCUGGUGUUGAGAAACAAACAUCAUGCCAGCAAAACGGGUUUGGGUCAGUCUGUGUGCAAGGAGGCUGUUUCAGCUGUCAGUGCUGCAGAGGUGAUCAGAGAACUGAGGAUGAGAGAGGGCAGCCUGCAGAGAGAGCUGGAGCAGCUGCGGGAGGAGUGCCGGCAGAGGCUGGAUGAAGUUGCAGAAGGGUUGGAUGGAGUGAUUUGUAUCUCCCCUUGA